UUCAUGGGCAUAAAAUUGAUUUAUUCAGGUCUUCUCAAUAAGAUUUUUUGUUCAAUUCAAUUAAUGAAUACCAACUUAUUUCUUGCUCCCAAUUUGUUUGUUGUUCAAAGGUUUUUGAAGUUUACACAAAUAUCAUUCUUGUAAUCGUUUUUCAGUUGAGUAAAAGUUAGUUCUAACUUUCCCUCUCUUCUUCCAUCUUCAUCUUGUUCAUCUUAUUCCGCUGAGCACCAACAAUUUUUCAUAGUGUGAAAAAAAAUAAUACUAUCCUUGGAUAAUCAUCCGCUAGCACUUUAUUACGUGUUUUAACUGAUAUCUUUCCCAACACUAAUUGGGGUUCAAAGGCUCUGCAACUACUCCUAAAACCCAUUGAAGAAGUUGUUUGUAGAAUAUUUUGUUAGGUAGGCACAAAUUAUAUCAUGAUAAAUGAGCAUCUAUAUGGUUUUCAAUUAGAGCUGGUGAAGCAUGAAUGUGAAAGGAAAGACUAUCAUCACAUGCACAUUUAUCCUUGUGAUGAUUAUUGUGCUGAUUUUGUUGCACCAGUUCCUGACUUUCAAGGAAAUGCUGAAUGGGUAGAGAAAGUUUCCAAAUCAGGACUAGAUGUCUUUGCACACAAUAUCGAGACAGUUGAAGAGCUUCAAAGUGCUGUGCGGGAUCAUCGGGCUAAUUUUAAGCAGUCUUUGGAUUUCGCCCCUACGGGGACCCUCACCAAGACUUCAAUAAUAUUAGGUUGUGGGGAAACACCUGACCAGAUUGUAAAGGCAAUGGAGAAAGUGAGAGUUGCAGGUGUUGAUGUGAUGACAUUUGGUCAGUAUAUGAGACCCUCAAAGCGCCAUAUGCCAGUAUCAGAAUAUAUCACCCACGAGGCCUUUGAGAAGUAUCAGACUCUUGGCAUGGAAAUGGGAUUUCGAUAUGUGGCAUCUGGGCCCAUGGUAAGGUCAUCAUAUAAAGCAGGUGAAUUCUAUAUUAAAUCCAUGAUUGAAUCGGAUCGAGCCGCAUCCUCCUCAAAGCUGAGUACCUGUUGAUCCAUUAUUUUUUGUUUCAUUUUUGUUAUUUACACUCUACUGUGCAUUAUGUAUAAGAAGAGGCGCAGGCUAACUUUAUAUUGUUGACUCCUAUACUGCAUGUAAUCUAUCAUUAAAAGUGCAUUAAACCAUCAAUGAGUGGACAAAUAUAUUUGGAAAAUGCAAAUCUUAAAAGUUAA